GUAGGUUAUAGUAGCUCGGCAUAUGGCCCUCGCUAGCGAGUUAUAAUAGAUCGGCAUAUGGCCCUGUCACGGGUAAUAAUAGUGACCAUAGCUGCACUACCAUCUGAGAGUAUGGUUUUCAAAGUAUAGAAUAAUGGCAACGUUUUAUGAUGCACAUCCAUAUUUAUGAACUUGCAUGAUUGAACAUGCAUUGCUUUAUGACUGAUUUAGAUAUAUGGUAUAUGAAAUGUUUUACUUUGUUAUAAAUGUUGUUUUCCUAAAUAAAUGCACCGGCAUGUGGAAUAUUAUGCUUGAUCUGGUAAGAUUGUACAUGGUUACUUAGUGAGCCUCAUAGCUCAUAUGAUUUUCGUUGUUUUUUUUCCAAAUAAGUAAGGUUGCUAGGAACGGGAAAAAGUAAAAGAAAAAGGGGUUUGAAGCAUAUAUAUACAAAAUUUCAUUUAUGUAGCCAUAUAAAUAAGUUUGGGUUGUAAUCUUUCAAACUCAAAUACUUGAUUUAGAUGCUCUGUACCUGCUUUCUAUUAAAUUGCAAAUGAAAUUGAUAAAAUUUUAUCUUGUUACAUGUAAUAAUUAUUGUUAACACGGGCUUCGUGUUAUUGUGAGCAACACCCUAUAGUAGUACGGCCGUGUCACGGGCCAGAUUUGGGGUGUGAGAAAUUAUGAUCCGGAUCCGGGUCAUGACAGUAUCUCUUCCUUUAUUCCUUUCUCUCCUUCAGAAUUGCAUUUCCCUCACAGCCUAGGAAUCGUAUCUCUUUAUUCCUUUCUCUUCUUUAGAAUUGCACUUUCCUCUUCAUAGCGGGUUGUCCCUUUCUUCUCCUCAUAAGUUUCUUGCAUCAAAGACUAAGAAGAAAGCAAUUUCUAUUUAAAGCACUCUAUCCUGGUUUCAGUACCUUUCUUGCAGAACUAGUUUCCAUGCCUCGUAGGGUUAUAUAUCCUAGAGGAGCUUUCCAAGCAUACAGAACCCUGAUUCACACCAUGUUUUACCCUAUUUAAGGUCCCUUUUCCGGGUGACUUAUAUUUUCAUUUCCUGGGACAAGAUCGCCUCCAUUUAUUAGUGGACAUAAGCAAGAAUACGUAAAGCGAUGGCGCAGUAUUUGCUACAUGGAACUCUUCAAGCUACAAUCUUUGAAGCAACGUCCUUAUCCAAUUCCAACACAAUGUCCAUGAGUGCUCCAAAACGCAUCCAGAAGGCACCAACCACGUCAAAGAGGAGGCUUCUGAGAAGAUUAUCAUGGAUCAAGAGAGUGUCAUUCUGCGGCCGAAAGCUUGCGGGGGACAUCGAGGAGUCGGUGGGUCUCGGGAUAGGGCCUGCGAAGCUCUACGCGACCGUCGACUUGGAGAAGGCCAGAGUGGGUCGGACCCGAGUGAUCACGAACGAGCCCAACAAUCCCCGCUGGUACGAGUCCUUCCGCAUCUAUUGUGCGCACUGGGCUGCCGAUGUCAUCUUCACCGUCAAGGCCGACAACCCAGUCGGGGCAUCGCUCAUCGGAAGGGCCUACCUUCCCGUCAUGGAUAUCCUCGAGAAUAACAACAGUGAGGCAGUGGACAGGUGGCUCGACAUCUACCGGGAGGACGGCAGCCAGGUGGGUGGAGGCGCCCAGAUCCACGUCCGCCUCUGGUAUUGGGACGUGUCCAGAGAUCCUUACCAGGGUUGGGGCCGGGGGAUCGCCAGCCCGCGGUACCCGGGUGUCCCUCACACCUUCUUCCCGCAGCGGCAGGGUUGCAAGGUGACGCUCUAUCAGGACGCCCAUGUCCCCGACGAUGGCCUCGUUCCCAGCCGAAUCCCUCUAGCCGGCAACCGCUACUACGAGCCCCGCCGUUGCUGGGAGGACAUCUUCGACGCCAUCGCCAAUGCCCGGCACCUCAUCUAUGUCACAGGUUGGUCGGUGUACACAGAGAUCACCCUGGUGAGAGACCCCAGGAGGCCCAGGCCUGGAGGGGAUGCCACCCUCGGGGAGCUACUCAAGCAAAAAGCCCGUGAGGGCGUCCGAGUGCUGAUGCUCGUGUGGGAUGACAGGACCUCACUAGGCCUAGGCCCGCUAAGGAAGGAUGGGGUGAUGGCCACCCACGACCAGGACACGUCCAGCUACUUUCGCGGCACGGGCGUGCACUGCGUCCUCUGCCCCCGGAAUCCAGACGAGGGAAGGAGCUACGUGCAGGACCUCGAGACGGCCACCAUGUUCACGCACCACCAAAAGACCCUGGUCGUGGAUGUUGAGGUGCCCGGAAAGACGAUGGCCGCUACGAGGAAUGACGAUGGGAGGAGGAGGAAGAGGAGGAUCGCCGGCUUUGUCGGGGGCAUUGACCUCUGUGACGGGAGAUAUGACACACAGUACCAUUCUUUGUUCCGAACGUUGGGCACAGCACACCGCAAUGACUUCCAUCAGCCCAACUUUCCCGGGGCAUCCAUCCGGAAGGGCGGGCCCCGGGAGCCCUGGCACGAUAUCCACUGUCGAUUGGAGGGGCGUGUCGCAUGGGAUGUGCUGUGCAACUUUGAGCAACGAUGGAGGAAGCAGGGCGGGAGUGCAGAGCUGCUCCUGCAGCCUGGGUAUGAUCUGGCUCCCGACGAGGAGCCCCCUCCCACGGAGGACGAAGUAGAGGCAUGGAGUGUCCAGCUCUUCCGAUCCAUUGACGGGGGUGCGGUAGCUGGAUUCCCGGAUGCACCAGAGGAUGCCGCCGCGGCAGGGCUUGUCACCGGCAAGGAUCAUGUCAUCGAUCGCAGCAUCCAGGAUGCUUACAUCCAUGCUAUUCGCAGGGCCAGGAACUUCAUCUACAUCGAGAACCAAUACUUCCUGGGUAGCUCUUAUGGGUGGAAAGGAAAAGCAGCUGACGGUGUCACGGUCGAGGACAUUGGGGCACUACAUCUCAUCCCCAAGGAGCUGUCACUCAAAAUCGUCAGCAAGAUCGAGUCCGGGGAGCGGUUCUCUGUCUACGUGGUUAUCCCUAUGUGGCCGGAGGGCGUCCCUGAGAGCGGAUCGGUUCAGGCCAUUCUAGACUGGCAGCGUAGGACAAUGGAAAUGAUGUACGCUGACAUUGCAGAGGCCCUUCAGGCCAAGGGGCUCCGAGCGAACCCGAAGGACUACCUCUCUUUCUUCUGCUUAGGGAAUCGAGAGGUGAACAAAGGUGGCGAGUACCAAGCCGAGGAGCAUCCGGAGCCAGACACGGACUACAACAGAGCGCAGCAAGCCAGGCGAUUCAUGAUCUAUGUCCAUGCCAAGAUGAUGAUUGUUGAUGAUGAGUAUGUUAUAAUUGGAUCAGCCAACAUCAAUCAGAGGUCAAUGGAUGGAGGAAGGGACUCGGAGAUUGCCAUGGGAGCAUACCAACCAAAUUAUCUGGCAACCAGGCAGCCAGUCAAGGGGCAGAUCCACGGCUUCCGGUUGGCACUAUGGUAUGAGCACCUUGGUAUGCUUGACGACACCUUCCUUCGACCCCAAAGCAUUGAGUGCAUGCGAAAGGUAAACAAGAUUGCUGAAAGGAACUGGGGACUCUACACGAGUGACAUGCUUGUCAGCGAUCUCCCAAGCCAUCUACUUAGCUACCCACUAGGAGUGACAGAGGAUGGCGAGAUGAUGGAGUUGCAUGGGAUGGAGUUCUUCCCCGACACCAGGGCUCGUGUUCUAGGCACCAAGUCUGACUACCUUCCCCCCAUCCUUACCACCUGAAAGAAACAACCAGAGCAAAGAGCAAAGACACUUGUACCUACUUUUGCACUCUACCCACCUCCUAUUGAUCCUUCAUAGGCCUGAGUAGCAGUGAGACCCCUAUCUUUGAGGGAAUGGUGAUCACAUGGUGGUUUCAUUCGCACAAAUAUGUAUUCAGGUCAUCAUUACAAUUUCUAAACUUAAGUUCAUCUAUCA